UUUCUUUUUAAAUAUAUAUUAUUAAUUUUAAUGAGAAAUCAUAAAAUAAUAAUGAUAUAUAGAAUAGUCUAAAUCUGAUUAGUAUUGUUUUUUUAGUUAAGUUAAGGUCCCUCCAAAAACUCUUCGUCCAGCUCAAGAGUCACCCACAACACUACCACCACCUCAACAACACACACAGCCACAAACUCUCUCUAUCUCUCUCUCUCUCAAAAUCCAAAGGUGCAACACAAUUACAGACACAUAACUGAAGCCCAAUUGCUCUACGUCUUUUUAAACCCUUCUUUUCUUUAAUUUACUUACUGAAAACUAACAAGAAAAAGUUCUCUCCUUUAGUUCUUUUUUUCAUUUCUUUAAAUGGAUUGUUGGUCUCCUUCUGUUACAAUGGAUGAUGAGUUUGAGAAGCUUGUGAUUCGAAUGAACCCUCCUAGGGUUACUGUUGAUAACGCCACCAGCAGGAAAGCCACUUUAAUUAAGGUUGAUAGCGCAAACAAGCGAGGUAGUUUGUUAGAGGUUGUUCAGGUUUUGACGGAUUUGGAUCUUCUAAUUAGACGAGCUUACAUUUCUUCGGAUGGGGAAUGGUUCAUGGAUGUGUUUCACGUCACUGAUCAACAUGGGAAUAAGUUAUCUGAGGAUGAUGUGGCUGAACGAAUCCAACAGUCACUGGGACCAAGAGCAUGCAGCUUUCGGUCCUUGAGACGGUCUGUAGGUGUCCAAACAGCUUCAGAAAACACUACAAUUGAAUUGACCGGAAGAGACCGACCAGGCUUGCUUUCAGAAGUAUUUGCAGUUCUAGCUGACUUAAAAUGUAACGUGGUGGCUGCAGAAGUCUGGACCCACAAUUCACGGAUGGCAUCAGUUGUUUACAUAACUGAUGAAGUUACUGGAUCGCCCAUUAAUGAGCCUGAUAGGCUAACUAAAAUCAAACAGCUCCUCCUAUAUGUUCUCAAGGGGGAUAGAGAUAAAAGAAGUGCCAAUACAGCUGUUUCUGUGGGUUCCACUCAUAAGGAAAGAAGGUUGCACCAGAUGAUGUAUGCUGAUCGUGACUAUGAUAUAGAUGAUGGAGAAGGUGGGUCAACAAGUGAACGGAGAAAACCCCUUGUAACUGUAGAAAAUUGUGCAGAUAAGGGAUACACUGUUGUGAACUUGCGGUGCCCUGACCGCCCUAAGUUACUCUUUGAUACUGUUUGCACAUUAACGGAUAUGCAAUAUGUUGUAUAUCACGCAACUAUCAUAGCUGAAGGGCCAGAGGCUUAUCAGGAAUAUUAUAUCAGGCAUAUGGAUGGGUCCCCUAUUAGUUCGGAAGCAGAAAGGCAAAGGGUUAUCAACUGCUUGGAAGCAGCAAUUAGAAGGAGAAAUCCUGAGGGUAUAAGACUAGAACUUUGCAGUGAAGACAGAAUUGGACUUUUAUCUGAGGUGACUCGCAUAUUCAGGGAAAAUGGUCUCUCAGUCACACGGGCUGAGGUUACUACCAGGGAUUCACAGGCUGUGAAUGCGUUCUAUGUGACUGAUGCAUCAGGAUAUCCAGUGAAGAGUGAGACAAUUGAAGCAGUUAGAAAAGAGAUUGGCCUGACUAUACUUCGAGUGAAGGAUGAUUCUAACUCACCCCCUCCCCAGGAGGAGCGCGGGAGAUUCUCUCUGGGUAAUAUCUUCCGUUCUAGAUCAGAGAAGUUCCUAUACAACUUGGGUUUAAUAAAGUCAUAUUCCUGAGCACCUCAAUUAGCUAAACUAGGUUUGGUCAGUUUCUGUAAAUGUUGGUAUAGUGUAGCCUCAGGUCAAUCAGUUGUUGAUCUUUAGGGUCAUGCCUCCUAACCUGUAAAUCUCCUUGUGAAUAUAUUUUCUCAGCUACCUUAUUUCUUUAAUGGCAAUUGUAAAUGCAUGGAUCAAUGUUCUGUUUA